AUGAAGAACCUACUGUGGUGGUCCCGCAAUUGGGAAUUUAAGUUAGGUAUAGCCAUCGCUGCCUACUUUCUCCUCCAAUAUUUUGUCCUUGACAGUCUUCAACACCAUGACGCUGAGUUAGCGUCUCAUUUGAGAGUGAUCCCCCCCGCCUACCUUGAUCAGUGGCAACACAUCAAUCCUGUCCUGCCGGGUUCCAAAGUCGCCUACGUUCAAUACGCCACGACUUAUGGUCACAUUAACUUGGCCGUGAUUAAUGGUAUUGAGUUGAGAAAGGCCGGUACGGUAGCUGACGUGGUGGUGGUGUUUGAUCAAAGACUUCGUCAUUUUAAUCAUGAGCAAUGGAACCGCUUAUUGACAUUAGCCCGAGACCAUAGCAUCACCCUUAAGCCAGUGGACACUAUAAGAGCAGACGUGGCCGAAGAUGUAUGGCAGAACCUGUUCACCAAGCUCUAUGCGUUCAAUAUGACGGAGUAUGAUCGAGUGGUUUACUUUGAUGGUGACUCAAUGUUGAUGAAGGGACACCUUGAUGAGCUCUUUUCCAUUCCUGAAGAGAUCGAAUUUGCUCUGCCUCAUGCUUAUUGGCACAAUCAUGUGUUGGAAAAGUAUCACGAAAAGGAAGGCUUAGGACACGAACCGAGCCGACCCAAUGUGGAUAUUCCUGUUCUUGCUGAUUACAUUCGCAAAACUACUGAUCGGGCUCAGCUUUUGAAGGGCACUGAUGCUGAUUGGAAUCUUCUUCCCCCUCUCUUUUACGACGACAACAAGUAUGGUAACCGCCUCGACUUUUUUGGCACUCACAUAAUGGUGAUUACCCCCAAUACUAAGAGAUUCAAUGAUCUAUUACGCUAUGUCAGUACUCCUUGGUGGUGGAAGUUUACCAAACCUGAGCUCAGCCAUAAACGUAAUGAAUAUGACAUGGAAGUGAUCAAUAAGUACAUGGAUCAACAACUUCGUCAUGGUGCUGACUUCAAAAUGGCAAUUCUCCCGCAUACAGUGUACGGGGUACUCACGGGUGAGUUCUUGGAAGAGUAUCAUCGGCGGUUUGUGGUACCUCCUCAAUACACCCCCUUCAUCACCAAGGAGCUGAACGAAGAGUGGGAUGCAACUGACGCUUUGAUGAACGUCAAGCUCAUACACUUCAGUGAUGCUCCGAUCCCUAAACCAUGGGAAACCUACAACGACCAAAUGCCCUACAACACUAAGCGAACGUUCUGUAUGUUUGACUAUGAUGAGGCUGAGUUCAACUCUAAGUAUCCUGUGUUUAAGCCUCGGAUCACCGACGACUGUGAGUCGGUGGAGGCGUGGGAGGGUAUCCGCGAACGCUUUUCCAAGCAAAUGACUAAUUGGGUAGUCUAG